CCACCGGUGUCGUUGGAUUGACGUUUCCGGGCCACUCUGGUGCAACACGGGGAUACAGAUUCUCCACAGAUUUCCCGAGACACACACCGUAAUAAAGUUUGAUUUAAUUGAAGUGCUUUAUCAAGAGUAUCCGCCAUCCAAUCGAGGUCACAACGAAGCCGUUCACUGGUCGUUUCGUCAUCUUCGCGGAGCUUUGAAACGUCAACGGGACAAUGGCUGAUCAGCUGACUGAGGAGCAGAUUGCUGAAUUCAAGGAGGCGUUCUCGCUGUUCGACAAGGAUGGCGACGGCACAAUCACGACCAAGGAGCUGGGCACCGUGAUGCGCUCCCUGGGACAGAACCCCACCGAGGCGGAGCUGCAGGACAUGAUCAAUGAGGUGGAUGCCGACGGCAACGGGACCAUCGACUUCCCUGAGUUCCUGACCAUGAUGGCCAGGAAGAUGAAGGACACUGACAGUGAGGAGGAGAUCAGAGAAGCCUUCAGAGUCUUUGACAAGGACGGUAACGGCUACAUCAGUGCAGCAGAGUUACGGCACGUCAUGACCAACCUCGGGGAGAAGCUCACCGACGAGGAGGUGGACGAGAUGAUCCGCGAGGCCGACAUUGACGGAGACGGUCAAGUCAACUAUGAGGAGUUUGUCCAGAUGAUGACCGCCAAGUGAAGAGAACUCUGACAUCUCUCUCAACGUUGCUUGUCCUCCUCAGAUCACUGUUUUUAAGAACCAAAAAAAAAAGAACAAUUAUCAGAUGAUAAACCAACGCCCCCUCCCCACCCCCAAAAAGAAAAAAAUCACUUUAGAAUUAAAACAAUUGGCACUUGAGUACAUCCACCUCUACGGUAUCUGUUUAGCAAACACCAGCAGAAUAAUCCCGAGAGAAGUUAACGGGCCGAGCUUUAAGAGGGCCGAGGCCCCGUACUUCAGACCAGGUUUCUGCUGAGUCACCCAGCUCCUGAUUUUAAUUUCGAGGGAGGAGCAACACUGAAAAGGCUGAAGGAUUGGAGCCACAGUUGGUCUCGAGAAAUGUCUAUUUCAUCCUUUCCAAUAUUUAACAAAGAGCUCUAGUCGCUGAAUUAAGUCCUCUUCUUGCAUGCGCCCUUUCUGAGGCGGCCUCUUCUCCCAACCAGGAGGCUCUGGUCAGAACCAGCGGUCAGACCGUGUACACACACACACACACACACACCAGAGGUAUAUACAUUACUAUAUCGCUAUAUAUCUGUAAACAUUUGUGUCACUAUUGGUUAUUGCAAGAGCAAAUAGUUGCGGUGUUGGGCGUUCGCUGGCGCUCGGUUGCGGUUGCAAUACCUUUGGAAGAGUUCAGAGAAGAGCGAGAGGCAGAGAAGUGCUGACGGUGUUCUCCUCUUGGGGGUGACAUGCCGUCUGGUUGUGAGUCGUGGGCGUGACGGCGUGCCUGCAGCGCUGAGUGGAGACACUAGUAUCUGAUAUUGCUUCAGGAGGAUUAUUGAGAAAACAACACUUGCACUGGACUGCAGUUAAUAUAUUUGUUCUGCAACGUUCAGAUAUCCUGUUGAUACAAUAUUGAUGUAAUGCUUUAUGAAUGUGUUCUCAAUUAUUAAUGUAUUAAUGACAACUUUUGGUCACCAAAUAUAUCCAUAUAUAUUAGUGUAUCGUAAAAUUGUUGUAGUAAAUGACCUGUGAUAUGUUUUCCCUUUUUUUUGGGGGGUUUUGAAAUUUGCCAUAAUACUCUAAAACGCCUCGACCUUCUCGCAAGACUCGUAAUUCAAUAGAAAAUAAUACAACUUAAUAAAAUAGCGUAUAAAAAGUACAUGCAGUUGAACAUAAUCACACUUUGGUAUAUAAACUGUGUGGAUAUUAAAAAAGGUUUUUGCUGUAGAAGAAAAAGAAACCAACUGUUGCUGUUGCUAUGACAACUCGUAUGUUACACUCCUUGUCCGUGUUGGUGUCUGAUCUUCGACCAGUCCAGUGGUUCAAACUUCAAUCUGCUUGCCGCUUUUACGGGAAAACUAAAAUACAUAAUAUUCACAACAAACAGUUUGGUGGGCGUGAUGUGUUUUUUAUUUGGGCCGUCGGAGUGGAACUUUUAAGAUGUGGCUGAAAAGGUGUAGCAAAGAAUUCAUCUUCGGAAGUCAGAUCGCUUUUGGCUUUUGAACAGUCGCCUAAAUUUAAGAAGCUGGUUAGCUGAGGUAUCGUUUGAUAUCCUCAGAGCACGAAACUUAAAAUACUGCUCCGCUUGAGGCGUUUAAAUCAGUUAACCUUUUGAUCCGGAAUGUCGGGAAAUUAAUUGACUGUUAGCUUCUGAAGGUACCUCAAAAAAAUGUAAAGAUGUGAUAUUUUACAUAAAUCAAUAAACUGAGCUUUACUUCA